AUGCAAUGUUCAAUUUCAGGUUUCGAGUGCGCAUGCGGCACCUCGUACCCCGACUACCACACGUUGAGCAGCCACCACCAGAGAGAGUGUCAGAAAAUUUUGAACAUUUUCAAGUGCCUCAUUCCGACCCGCGGCGCGACGUUCCCGCAGUAUUGCCGCCCGUCCGAUCCCGCGUCCAAGCGUUUCACCCCGCACGUUGUCUUUGCAGACGUGGCGACGCGCAAGAUCCGAUUGGAAACUCGAUUCGUGACGGUAUUUCCGUGCCCGAAGUGCGAGAAGGUCUAUCACCACAAGAAAACCCUAAACCGGCACAUCCGGCAAGAGUGCGGAGUCGAGCCCGAACUCAAAUGCCCCCACUGUCCCUAUCGGGCCAGGAGAGUGUACGUCCUGCAAAAUCACAUCAAGGGCCACCUGCUCUACAACUGCAAAGCCGGCUCACCUUCGCCUUUCCGACGACCCGCCUCGCCCGUAGAUCUACGCGCCGUCGCAGUAAUUCAUAUUGUUUUAGGUCGCUUUUUCGGCCGCGUCCAUCGGUGCUACAAGUGCGGUCGGGAAUACAACAGGAACCACAACCUCACGCGUCAUUUGAAGGUGGAAUGCGGUCAGAAACCGCAGUUUAAGUGUCCGUUCUGUCCUGACCAGUUCAAAUACAAACACGUCCUGAAAAGGCACUUGCUGACCCACACUUCCAAGUUUAAUCAAAUCCACAAAUGUUCGACGUGCGGCAAAGAGUACAACCACCAACCGAACUUGUACAGACACAUCAAAUACGAGUGCAACAAGGUUAGGUAUUUUCGGUGCCCUUACUGUAACUACGCGGGUUUCCAGAAGAGUCACCUGAAAACCCACAUACUGCGACGACACGAAGAGCUGUUCUACACGUUCGACAAGCUUUUCGGCGCGCCCCAAAAGUCAAACGACGACGACCAGCCUCAGUUGGACCAACAGUUCGUCCCGCUAAGCGCGCCGCCGCUUCCCGCGACCAAGAAACCGAAAAAUCCGACCAAGAGAUUUUUGUGCCAUUGCGGCAAGGCUUUCAUGCGCAGACAGUCGCUGAACAGCCACACGAACUUCGUCUGCGGCAAGAUGAAACAGCAUUACUGCGGCAUGUGCAAGAAGUUCUUCUGGGCACUUCAUCAGCUCAAAGAGCACCAGAAGAUUUGCAAAAAGACCUGUCACGGAGAGAUGUCGAACGCAACGGUAGAGGGCGUGAGGUAUAAACAGAAAGGCAUUCACAAACUUUUUACGAAAUUUUCCAAAAAAAAAAAAAGGUGUUACUUAGAAAAAAGGUACGUUGGGCGUCAAAUUUUGACGCGUUUCAUUUUACCAAACUUAAUAUGGCGGCAUAAUAUUGAACUGCAUCGGGAGGUAUGUGUGACGCUGGCAUUCAAUUUUUUGAUAGUUGAAAUUUCUAAGCCCAAUUAUUCUGGUAACGAGGACGCGGUCCUCAGUACUGUACGGACCACGCCUCGAACUAAGCCUGAACGUUUUUUAGCCAAGAAAUUUAAAUGUUCGGUCUGUCAAAAAGCUUACUUCGUACUGUCCAGCCUGCGGAGACACGAACGCUUCGAAUGCCAAAAGGACAAGCAAUUUUCCUGUCCGUAUUGCCUCAAAAAGUACAUACACAAGCAUCACGUGACCGAGCACAUUCCCAAGUGCACGUCCAGCGUCUCCGCCCGACAAAACUCAGACUUUUUUUCACGGGAAAGCUUUGAAUAAGUCUUAUAUUUACUGUUCACAUUUUUAGGGUACUUUUAUUUCAACCAGCUGCCAAGGCCUCGAAGCAAGUACCACGCGGACGACACCGGCCGGUACCCGUGUCCUCAGUGCGGUAGCUCGUACAAGCAAAAAACUCACCUAAUCCGCCAUAUUAACUUUGAAUGCGGCAAGGAGCCGAAGUUUGUGUGCGAGUGCGGCAAGAAGUUCAAGCAGAAAAGCAACUACAACACACACCUGAGGAUGGUACACCACGUUUUGAGAUUGUGAUAUUAAACGGUCCACGAAUUAUGGGUCUAUUAUUUUUCUCAUCAAUCCGCUAGCUUUAUUAGAAGUAAAUUAUCGACCAAUCGUCUUGAACUAGCACUUGUUGUACCUUAGCUGAAAGUUAAAAAGGUAUACGCUUCAAAUGUUUGCCUUUCACCCUAAACGUAUUGUUAUAUUUUAAAUUGACAAAUAUGAUGGCGAAAUUAAACUAGUUACCCUGCGUAAAAUUUAACUAAAUCUAAAUUUAUGUUGUCCACUAUUUACACUACUAUACGAUAUACACGUUUCUAAGGUCUAUGAUUUAGAUUUAGCCGUUCCGGCUUUUCUUUUUAACUGACUGACUGGGGAGCGCGGUGCUCCGCUGUUAUAGAACGCAGCCGCUGCUCACAAUAGGUGGGGAGGGUUUUCAAUGUUUUUAUAUUAAAAUUUUUUCUCAUUAAAUUUAAAAUAAUAUUUCGUGGCUAGCAUUUACACUUUUGAUUUAGUUAGUAACCGUAAUUACAAUGCACAAUUCCUUAUAUUUAAAGCAAAAUCAUACUGUUGCCGCUAUCCAAUAAAAAAAUCAACUAAAGAUUUUUCGAAAACCCUUUGCUAAGAAUUAAACUUGAUUAAAAAUAAAACACCGUAUGUUAUCGUAAAUUUCAUAUAGCUCUCAGUUGUACGGAGGCACACAUUGUUGACGAACCAGACGUUUCGGCGCUCGAAAAUCAAUAUGCCCGAUGACACCCAAUUCCACGGUUUUGUGUGUGGCGCUUUAGGCAGUUUAUUAUCGAAAUAUAUGCCCAUGUCACAUUAAAGAAAAUGAGUUUAGUUCAUGGAGAUUCCCGAAAAGAAAAUGGCUCCAAGACAGGUUAUUGUGCUAAAUACCAUUGCUAGUCGCAUUGAUGUUGGUACAAUUUUCGUUUUAAAACAAAUGAACUUCUUAAACCCGACCGACGAUUUUUUGCACUCCGUUCGACAAAUAAAUAACCGCACUACCUUUUAGAGGAAAGGACUUGUUUCGAGUGCGGCAGAUACUACAUGAGCAAGUCGUCGCUGAGGCGGCACAAGCGUCUGGAGUGCGGCGUGGAGCCGAAAUAUCAGUGCUAUCUCUGUUUCCGUCGCUUCAAGCACGAACAUCACCUGGAGCAGCACCGAAAUGCAAAGCUGAAAUGCUGGAGAAGCCGGAUUUAAUCUCACCCUACUCGUAAAAUUUUAUUUUUGGGUGUAUCCCCGUGGGCUGUAAUUCCGUACUUAAUGUUGAAAACUGUCGUCCGCAAUAUAGUAGUUUAGUUUUCCUCUGUUCCGUAGUUACUCUAUACAGAGUCCUGACUAAUUCUUAGGGGCGGGUAUAUCGCCAAAGGUUAAAGUUACGUUGACGUUUGAAUUAGAAUUCUAGGGAAAAAAUAGUACCGCAAAUUUUAUUAUUUCAAUUUUUUAAUGCGGACCGAUCGGGUUUUUUCUCUUUCAGUUUUUUAAUUUUAAAACGAUGGGAUAGUUGAAAUAGCUAAUAGCUAAUCCACCGAAGGCCAUUUUGAAAUAACGAACUAAAACUAACCAAAGUUGUGUCACUCAUCUACAAAAAAAGUUUAAUUAAUUAAUUAAAUUCGAUAACUUUUUUCUCAUUUAUUCGUCAUCCUAACUUUAACCGUUGCCGAUAAACCAUUCCUAUGAAGUAGUUGGGACCCUGUGCAUAUUGCUUUCUACUUUGAGCGUGGUGGUUGUUCAAUACGUUGUUCAAACACGGAUUAAUAUUACUCCAUUUUUAGUCUUAUUUCCAUGCAACCAUUGUCACAAGGGCUUCAGAUACAAGCACAAUCUCACCCAUCAUCAGAGAUACAAGUGCAACAAACCGCCGCAGUUUUGCUGCAUGUUCUGCGAGAAGAGGUUCACGUCGAAGGGAUAUUUGAAGAUCCAUGUGUCUCAGAAGCACACGCAAGCGAUGUUCCCCUUUUAAUAUAUUUUUAUUUAAUAUAUUUUUUGAUACGAGAUAACGUUUGUGCCGUCAUCCUUCAACAGUGUUGGUGUAUUUGCUCCGAUUUGACGUCGCGUUUGUUUCAGAUACGUGGCGCCACGCGUUUCAGUGCGAGAAGUGCCUGAAAAUUUACAAAUACAAGCAGAACCUUAAAAUCCACCAGAAAACCAACUGCACGAGACGCGCGUCUUUCAUCUGCGCGGUGUGCGGCAGGAGGUUCUCCAGUCAGGGGUUCCUACGGCGGCACAUGGCCUC